CGGUAUAGCCACCAGCAAUGAUCCUUGGGGGCCGACUGGCACCGAAAUGGCAGAGAUUGCUGCCUUGACGUUCAGCAGUCCCACCGACUUCUACGAGAUCAUGGAUAUGCUAGAUAAGCGGUUGAAUGACAAGGGCAAGAAUUGGCGCCACGUUCUCAAGUCAUUGAAGGUCCUCGAUUACUGCCUGCACGAAGGUUCCGAGCUGGUCGUUACUUGGGCCCGAAAGAACGUCUACAUCAUCAAGACCUUGCGCGAGUUUCAAUACGUCGAUGAGGAUGGCAGAGAUGUCGGACAGAAUGUUCGUGUUGCCGCCAAAGAACUCACCUCCCUGAUCCUGGACGAAGACAGAUUGCGCAGUGAGCGCUCCGACCGUAAGCUGUGGAAGUCGCGCGUGAGCGGUCUCGAUGACCAGGGUCACGGACAUGAAUCGCCACGCCGUGAGCGACGAGAACGUCGCCGUCCGGCCAACGAUGACGAGGAUGCAGAGUACCGGCUGGCGAUCGAAGCGAGCAAGUACGAAGCCGAGGAGGAACGCAAACGCCGUGCCAAGGAAGCCUCAGGGGCCGAGGAUGAUGAGGAUCUGGCCCGGGCAAUCAAGCUCAGCAAGGAAGAGGAAGAAUUGCGCAAGCGGGAGCUGGAGGAAAGCAACGCACAGUCACUCUUUGACGAUGCCCCUGCGCAGGUCACCCAGGCACAGCCCACCGGGUACAACCAGGGAUACCAGCAGCAGAGCGCCGUGGACUGGUUCGGCAACCCCAUCAACCCCCAACAGCCUCUGACAACCGGCUACCUGAACAGCCAAUACGCGCAGCCCACUGGUUUCCAGGGACAGAUGACGGGAAUGCCCAAUGGAUACACCAACGGUUUCCAGGGACAGCCCUCUGCAUUUGACCCCAACCCCUAUGGCCAGUCCCAGAACAACUUCCUGCAGCCGCAAGCCACGCUACAACCGCAACACACAGCCUUCAAUGCGAACAACCCUUGGGGCACCGAUGUGUUCCCGCAGCAACAGCAGCAGCAGCAGCAGCAUCAGCAGCAUCAGCAGCAUCAGCAGCAUCAGCAGCCUCAGCCUCAAAGCCAGCAGCACCAGGAGAACUUCUUGUCGGCCGGCACCAACAACCCAUGGGCCGCCAACACCCCAGCAGACGCUCUGAAACCCAUGCCCACCGGAUCGAACAACCCAUUUGCGGCGCGCACGCAGUUCCAGCACCAGCCCCAACCCAAACCCGCCAUGACAGGACCGCCGUCUUUGAAUGCGCUUGCGGAAGAGCGAGUCACCACCCAGUUCAACCCAAUCGCCAACUACCAGACCGCCCCUCAGUCGCUCGCCCCGCCUCAGCAGAGCUUCGGACCCCCGAAGAGUGCGUCCCCCCAGAUGCAAGAUCCGCACCGCGCUCAUCUCAAUGCGCUGCUGGCAUCGGGCGAAGGCCAGGACACCUUCGGAAACGUCGGAGACCUGCGUAUCCCAUCCCAACACACUGCUCCCGGUACGUUCGUCAACUCUGCCGGUCAGGGCUUGGAUCGGUUACGGGCGACACGGACCGGCAACAACCCGUUCUACAGCCAGCAGCCGCAACAGCAACAGCAGUUCGUCCCGCAACAGACGGGCUUUACGCAGCCAGCCAACAACCCCUGGGGAGGACAGCAGACAUACCAUCAGCCUCAGCAGGGUGGCAGUUUGAUAGACCUGUAGGAGCGGUGACGACGCGGGGUGUGAUGGUUCUAGAUAUCUAGCCUGUUCGAGGCUUGGGUUUAUGUUUCUAUCUUUUUUUCAUUUCUUUCUAGCUGCAGUUGUA